GGUGCUCUUGCUCAGCACUGGGCAGGACCUCUCUGUUCUUUUAAAUGAAAGGAACGCCUGUGUUUCAAAGACUCUCUUCUGUGAAGUUUCUGAAAAGGUUUGCUUACCUUACUUACUAAUUAAAGGCAAGCCACAUUUUUUCCCUCCCUGGUCUCUGUAGUCAUACUGCCAAGGCCACUUGAUAGCCACAACCAGAUUCGGUUACAUGGAUGCCUGCGAUAAUGCCAUUUGCUGCGAUGAUUGAGUGGACAAGGCUGAGUGACUUGGUGGAAAUAUUUCCCGAUUGGACUAACCUGUUGGCGGCCUGCUCACCACCACACUGGCUUUUAUAAUGAAAAAGGAAAUUAUUUCUGCUUUAUAUGAUGGCGGCUCCAGAAACGGAAGUGGAGGUAGAGGUGGGGCCGCAUCUCAGAGGUCCUGAAAUAGUCACCAUGGGGGAGAACGACCCGCCUGCAGCUGAAGCCCCCUUCUCCUUCAGAUCGCUUUUUGGCCUGGACGAUUUGAAAAUCAGUCCUGUUGCGCCAGAUGCAGAUGCGGUUGCUGCACAGAUUUUGUCGCUGCUGCCACUGAAGUUCUUUCCCAUCAUCGUCAUUGGGAUAAUUGCGUUGAUAUUAGCACUGGCCAUUGGUCUGGGCAUCCACUUCGACUGCUCCGGAAAGUACAGGUGCCGGUCGUCUUUUAAGUGUAUUGAACUGACAGCUCGCUGCAACGGGGUCUCAGACUGCAAAGACGCGGAGGAUGAGUACCGAUGUGUCCGCGUGAGCGGGCGGAACGCCGUGCUCCAGGUCUUCACAGCUGCUGCCUGGAGGACCGUGUGCUCUGACGACUGGAAAGGUCACCAUGCUAAUGUCGCCUGUGCCCAGCUGGGGUUUCCAAGUUAUGUAAGUUCAGAUGCCCUCCGAGUGGACUCGCUUGAGGAGCAGUUCCGAGAGGACUUUGCUUCCAUCAAUCACCUCUUGCCGGAUGACAAAGUGACCGCGUUGCACCACUCGGUGUACGUGAGGGAGGGGUGUGCCUCGGGCCACGUGGUCACCUUGAAGUGCACAGCCUGCGGUCUGAGACUGGGUUAUAGCUCGCGCAUCGUGGGUGGAAACAUGUCCUCGCUGGCGCAGUGGCCCUGGCAGGCCAGCCUUCAGUUUCAGGGCUACCACUUGUGCGGGGGCUCCGUCAUCACCUCCGUGUGGAUUGUCACCGCUGCCCACUGUGUGUAUGACCUGUACCUCCCCAAGAAAUGGACCAUCCAGGUGGGCCUAGUUUCCCUACUGGACAGCCCAGCCUCCUCCCAUCUGGUGGAAAAAAUCAUCUACCACAGCAAGUACAAGCCAAAGAGGUUGGGCAAUGACAUCGCCCUCAUGAAGCUGGCUGGGCCACUCACCUUCAACGAGAUGAUCCAGCCAGUUUGUCUGCCCAACUCCGAAGAGAACUUUCCUGAUGGAAAAAUGUGCUGGACGUCAGGAUGGGGUGCCACAGAGGACGGAGGCGAUGCCUCCCCGGUCCUCAACCAUGCAGCUGUGCCUUUAAUCUCCAACAAGCUCUGCAACCACAGGGAUGUGUACGGGGGCAUGAUCUCCCCCUCCAUGCUCUGUGCCGGCUACCUGAGAGGCGGUGUGGACAGCUGCCAGGGAGACAGCGGGGGACCCCUGGUGUGUCAAGAGAGGAGGGUAUGGAAGUUGGUGGGAGCGACCAGCUUUGGCAUCGGCUGUGCCGAUGUGAACAAGCCCGGGGUCUAUACCCGCAUCACCUCCUUCCUGGACUGGAUUCACGAGCAGAUGGAGAGGGACCUGAAAACUUGAAGAGAAAGGAGAGACACCACCACCUCGAGUUCCUGCCACCGUGGAGACAUUCCCGUCCAUCCAUGGAUUCCUGUGUGGACACUUCCAACAGCAGAGCCAAAGAAGGAGCAUCUUUCUGUUCCUCUGCAUCCAGAACAAUUCCUUGUAAUGCCUCUAACAAGGCACAGGGGCAUGGACUAAAAUGACCUUGAAGCUCCUUUCUGACCUUCACAAAGCACAGAAGCAGGAACCCCUCCAAAGUGCUACCUUUUCCCACUUGCCCAUCUGGUUUUCUGUACAGGGGUCAUUCCACAUCACUGAGAAGAUGGGCACAUCUCACGUACAAAGCGAUUGACAGCCACUGCCUGGACCUGUGGGAGCACAGCCAUUGUAGAUGGAGCUAUCUGCACGCUUUUCUCCCUAGGCACCAGAACCAGACCAAAAUUUUCUACUCUAAGAUCUCUUUUCGCAUGUGGCAACAUAAUCUAUGAGUGGUUAGCUUUAAGGUUUAUUUCUAUUAUUUAUUUGUAGCAUUUGGUGCUUUAUGUAUUAUUGUCCCUUGCUUCUGAAGGGUGUGUGCUCUCCUAAUGCAAUCAUCAGUCAGAGCUUGUCUGAAUGAACACUGACUGCUCGUGUAAAUCGAAAUCAUAAGCUUGAUUCGAGAGGAUGGAUUACUUUGAUCUCUUCUGUAUACAUUGUGGGUUUUGCAUUUUUCUGUUAGAACAGGCUUCUCAGCAUAUCAGCUUUAUCUUGUAUUAUAUCACAAGACUCAGAGCAGAGUAAGAAAAGAAAGCACUGAGACCACAUAGGACUACCUAACCGCAUGCAGCGGGUACCGAAGGCAAAUAGAGUUGUUGGUCCCGUGUCAUCAAGACCAAAGGCUUCCCUCCUGCUUCACAUGGGCCCUUUAAUCUUCCACACACCUGCAGGA